GUGAAUGUUACAGAUGAGUACGGUCUGGUCUCUCCGUCUGCCUGUCUACGAGACCUGAGCGCUCAAAGUGUGGGUUACAUUGUCAGUGAAUGUUACAGAUGAGUACGGUCUGGUCUCUCCGUCUGCCUGUCUACGAGACCUGAGCGCUCAAAGUGUGGGUUACAUUGUCGGUGAAUGUUACAGAUGAGUACGGUCUGGUCUCUCCGUCUGCCUGUCUACGAGACCUGAGCGCUCAAAGUGUGGGUUACAUUGUCGGUGAAUGUUACAGAUGAGUACGGUCUGGUCUCUCCGUCUGCCUGUCUACGAGACCUGAGCGCUCAAAGUGUGGGUUACAUUGUCGGUGAAUGUUACGUGACAUUAGCAGAUCUACGGAGUGUGCUUGCUCCAUUCCCUACCACUCUGGUGACUUCGACUGUCGCCAGCAGACCCCUACCAGUCUAUCCACCCCGUGACCCCAGAGCUCUCUUCCUCUUGGCUAACCCCUACAAACUGUCACCAUCAAUCGAGAUGUUGCCGAGCCGCGAUGUAGACCGUGUGAUCGACGCUCGUAUGGCAGCGUUUGUGGAGGCGACAGUUCAGGUGGGGGAGGACUCUGUCACCGUACCAGUCACUCUGUGUCACUACAUCGACUAUGUUACGCUGACACAAGGCACGGAGAGUGAGUACAGUGUGGACAACAUUAGCAACUCCAGCCGCGAGCACAUCACCGACUUCCUCAAGGAGUUCCUGAAACGCGAUGAUAUGGCUGGAAAAGAGAUAAUCAUUGAAAAGGACGUAGCAUUGACUGUUAGCAAGAGCUACUCAACUGUCAUUUUGACCAAAGAUAGUCGUCAUGAAAGAGAUGAUGAGAUUUGGAAGUCAAGAUAUACAAGGGCGGAAGUUUUAAAAUACCUCUUUAUGAGAAAUACGCUCUUGGGUCAGAUCGUGGAGAAGAUCCACUGUAUAGAGUCGGGCGUAGAGACUGUGAGGACGCCCGCCGCGACAACACCUCUGGAGCGGGAACUAAUGAGUGAGGAUACAUGUUGUCUGGCCGCACUGUACGAGGAUAACGUGAUGAGGGCGGCAUUGGAAUCAACGGUAGACAGCGAUAGGCUGUGGCUGUGGCUCGACACCGCCGUGCUGCAACAGGACUGGCAGGCUUGUCUUGACAUGCUGUCCUCUAUCCCAGAGAAACACGCAAAGACUGACCCUCGUUAUCGACACUUCCGUGAUUGGGUUUUGGAGCAGCUGUCGCCCACACGUGAUGGAUGGAGGUAUUGCCAGAACAUGGAAGACCCCCAGAGACUGUGCCAGCAGACCCUGGCUAACCUGGACAAGUGGCCUCUGCAGGGUUGUAUCACCGUGCUCAACGUACUGCUCUCGUUGGACUCUACUGCAUUGUCACUCUCCGACCUGGCCAGGGCGAGGGAGCUGCAGACCAGCAUGCAGACUACCAGCAAGGUGACACAAGCUUGCACAUUGACCUCCACAGAUGAUGUCUGGGAAGUGCUGGAGGAGCUGCUCAAGUGUGAGGAAGUGCACCUUGCCUUACAAUGGUUCUACCACAGUGAUCUCAUCAAUGUUGAGCAUUCCUCCAACAUGCUGUUGCUGAUAGGUCAGUUGCUGCUGGAGCUGCUCGAGAGAGGUCAAGACGUGAGUGCCCAGGAACUACUACAGUUGCUGCCGUCCGAGCUGGCAGUUCAGAUCUGUGAGAGUAUCCUGGCACGAGCGCAAUCUGUCAGUUGCCUGCAGCAGAUAGUGCACUUCCUGCAGUCACAGGUCACUAAGCCUUCGCAGGCACUCCGAUAUACCCACUACGACAUCGGCAUACACAUGCUCAACCACAUCCCCUGGCAGGAACAGGAGUGGUAUCGAGACCUCGCCAGCCAGCCGGAGCUGUUGGUGGAACAGCUGUUGAUGUCAACAAGGAUAUCUACGCUGGAAGAGAUUCUGGUAGCGUUGCGGGGACGGCUUAGCUCACUACCUCCUGGCUCCCCCCUGUCACCCCCCUGCCUGGAUGCACUGUUACGCCGCUACGCUGCUCGAGCUGUGGACGUCCGCGUGCGCACCAGGGAGCUCCCCACGCAGCGUCAACUCACCCCGGAGAUACCAACCAAGUUCACACCACCUGACACUCCCCCUACCAAGCAGGAAUGGGUUGCCAAUGACGAGGUGACCGAGUGUAUGUGCUGCCAGUCCACCAGGUUUUCCAUGUUCAACAGGCGGCAUCACUGCCGGCGAUGUGGGCGAGUUGUCUGCGGUAACUGCUCCCCUCACCGUUUCAAGGUGUGUGGUUACGGCAACGUCAAAGUCAGAAUUUGCAGUGACUGUUACGAAUACAUUUUGCCCAAAGCAACUCAGCCUGAAGGAGCAAGGCGUGUGAGAGCUGAGAGCAGAGACAGCGAGCUGGGGUGGUGGCUGACCAAGGAUCUGGUGUACAACGCUACAGUCCGGGAAGAGUUCACCUACACGCACGCGCCCAGCGUCGCACUCUGUCUGUCCAUACUGAAACUACACACAGAGCACUCGUCCUUACUGAGGUUCCUCUUCAACACAAUCGAAAUGAUGUUGAGGCUGUUGCGUCCAAUCAGUCCUGGCAUCAUAAACCCCGAGGUGGACUACACCCUGCUGAUCACAAUGAUAAGAUCUCUCUUGGAUUUUGCCAAGUUAAGCUGUUCCCAGUACGGUUCUGGCUCAGAGUGGGCUACUGUAGACGGAUUGUUUGCCGAGGUCGACCUGCUGGGCAUGUUGGUAGCCUCACCUCAGACCUGCGCAAUGCUGCCAACCGAACCUCUCCGAGGUCAGAGUUUACAAAGUGCCCUGUCAACGCUGCGAGAGAACCUGCUCAGGUCCGAACUCUGGACACUCGCUCUUGAGGUGUCCACCAAGGCUGGUCUGGACUACAACAGCGUGUGGCUGGCUUGGGGCAAGUCCUGUCUCAAGGCCGGAGCCUGGACGGAAGCCAGGGACAAGUUCGCCCACUGUAACCCUCACAAGAAGGACACGCAGAUGUUGUCAGAUAUAAUGCAGAUAUUACAGGAUAACCCGCAGUUAACGGAUCUGAAGAGUCGACUGGGUCGGCUGAAGAUGUUAUCGACAAAACAGGAGACUCUUCACACCAACCAAGGACUGGAGCCCAGGGUUUACGAGGAGUGCCUUUACUACCUGCGCACUUAUGGCAGUUACGCCACCACCCUCUCCUUCUACCUCAACCAGAAUGAUAUAAAAUCUGCGGUGUGUUUGCUGUUAGAAGGGGCAGUAGAUCUUCAGGUCUACCUAGAGAAUCUGUUUCUGCCUGCUCUACAGUCCGGCAGAGUCACAGAGAUGUACACCUGCAUGGCCAGUAUCGACAAGACUUUUACUGUUUUCAAGGAGUAUCUGCGAGUGUCCUGCGCGUACUGUGAGCGCCAUCAGCUGUUCCACGUGUUGUAUCAGGUGCAGGUCUUGACCGGUGACCACGUGCGGGCAGCCCUCACCUGCAUUCACUUCUUCCGCCACAACGCACGCAACUACGGAGACUUGGCAACCACCAAGGGCCACCUGGAGACUGCCGUAGGCCACCUGCAGCAGGCCCUCAAGCCCACCAAAGAGCCCAAGAACCCACUGGUGAUGCAGUUGUCUGGACAGGAUCUGACUCGCUACCUGUCCACUGCCAGACUACAGCUGGAAGUGGUGGUGUUCCUGGCAUCUUCUACCCCUGAGGUUGCUUCGUACACGCUGUUUGGUAGCUCAGCACACCGAGUCAGUCUGGCCGCAGCUGUCAUCGCCGCUGGAGAUGAUCUUGAGCAGAGUUUAGCACUUGCUACCAGAGUGACAGAAGAUUGGCAACAAGGGAAACCGGCUGUUCUGUGUCCAGCAGCGGCUCAGUUGGUGAGAACAGGUCGGGCCAGUGUGGUGCGAAGGUUGGUAACACUGUUCCGGUCAGAGCCGGAGCUCUGUAAUGAGCUGUUGAUCACUGCACUGAAGGAGCGCCCACAGCAGUCUGACAUUGAUACUCUGAUGGCCCUCGUUACCGGUGUGCCUUCCAAGAUCACAGCUAUGAUAGAGUGUGGCCAGCUAAAGUCUGCGUAUCUGCUGGCUGUGAAACAUGAUCGGCUCUCGGACAUACAGAGGAUCAUGGAAGCCGCAGACCAGUUGGGCCAACCGCUCAUCAAGAAAAUCUGCCUUAAAAGACUGAACAUUCCAGACGAGUCUUAGCUCACAUUAUUUUGUAAGCCAAUGAAAAGAUUGUGUGAUUCCUUUACAAAAUCUGUAUAAGCUGUACAUAGACGUCUGAGAAGUGAUAUGAAACGUCUCCUUUAAUUUAUUAUGGCUGUUAGUUUUGUGAUUUAGAUCAGCAUAGUCUUGCAAUAAUUUAGUAAUGUGUCUUCCGCCAUUGUUUUUUUAUGUAUUUAUUUAUUUAUUCUUCCGCUAAAGGAACACACUUCAAAUAUUUUGCUAACAUUUUUUAUAAUUAUCUAUCCAUUGAAUAGGGGAUUUUUAUAAAUUAAUUUAUUUAUCGUGUUGUUGGCAAUCAAUAUGAAUUGUUAACUAAUACAAAAUAGGAUUAUGUUAUUAAUACAUAACAAUAGAAUAUUAGUUAUUUUUAGUUGUGGUAACAUUUUACAAGACAUUUAUUGUGUAGGAGUAUUAUUUUUUUUUUUUUUUUAAGAAAA